AUGGCGACAGGAGAGUCACUACGUUCUUUGGCAUUUUCAUUUCGAAUAUCACAGAGUUAUAUUACUAGAAUUUUACAAUUGGUUUUGAAGAGUUUAAGUUCGCGACUGACACCAAUUUUAAUACCGUCACCAUCAAAAGAAGAUUUACUGCGUAUUUCAGCUGAAUUUUGGACGAGAUGGAAUUUCCCCAACUGCGUUGGAGCGAUCGACGGGAAACAUAUACGGAUCUUUUGUACCCGAAAAACUGGAUCGCUUUUCUUUAAUUAUAAGGACUUUUUUUCAAUUGUUUUACUGGCCAUUGUUGAUGCCAAUUGUAAAUUUAUAUACGUAGAUAUUGGUGCGUAUGGCAAGGAAGGCGACAGCGGUAUAUUCACAAAAUCCAGUUUAUUCAAACGAAUACAACAAGGAGAAUACUUCCCAGAUUGCGCCUAG